AUGCAGACUGCUUCUACAAACAUUUGUGAAAGACUGUGCAAUAAGUCCAUCUGUGAAUUUUCCUUGCUACUAAAUAUUUCACAGUCAACUAUUAGUGGUAUUAUAACAAAGUGGAAGCAACUGGGAACAACAGCAACUCAGCCAUGAAGUGGUAGGCCACGUAAAAUGACAGAGCGGGAUCAGUGUAUGCUGAAGUGCACAGUGCACAGAAGUUGCCAACUGUCUGCAGAGUCAAUAGCUAAAGACCUCCAAACUUCAUGUGGCCUUCAAAUUAGCACAACAAUAGUGCAUAGAGAGCUUCAUGGAAUGGGUUACUAUGGCCGAGCAGCUGCAUCCAAGCCUUACACUACCAAGUGCAAUGAAAAGCGUUGGAUGCAAUGGUGUAAAGCACGCCACCACUGGACUCUA